AUAGGUGACGAGCGUAAACCGCGGUGUCAACGCUGCAUUGAUGCCGAAGCGGAAUGUGUCUAUGGGCAACGUGUCUCAUUCCUGCAGAAGAAUGCCUUUACCCUCGCUUCUGACCCCGGUGGUGAUUCUCACCCCAGAACUCCCGGAACUCCCAAAUACUCGAAAGUCAAGUUCGUAGCUGAUGAAGCUACCAAGCAAAAGGAUGGUGCCCGCAGGGGAGAGACGUCAACUUCGACCGCUUCCAAGUUUUUCAAUGAAGGAGAGAAUGCCAAUGCGCAUCGUGGUUUGCCUCCCAGUGGUACUAAUACGAAGGCCACUCCAAGUGUUUCUUCUGGUAGGCAGGAAAGUCUCCGCCUAGACUCAGUUGUCUCAUAUCAGCAAUUCGGAAGAAGGGUCGACAAGAGUCAUGAUGCACAAGCUCAAAAUGAUGCAUCGCCCCAUGGUCAUGAUGACCACAGUCACCAGGAUGUGGGUAUCAUUCAUGGCGACAGUUACGAGAUCGCGCUGGAUGUGCUCAUGAACCUUGGAACGGGAGAUGCAGGUGUCGACACACUGGCUCCGGUGACUACCACUUACAAGAAUCAUGCGGAAGACAAUGUGACCUCUCUUCCAUUGAUAUUGAACAGCAUCGACGAGUUUGGCCUAAUAAGCGACAACGUUCAACGUCACAUGCCUUCGGGCCGAACAAUCGAACUGCUGAGGCAUUACAGAUACAAGGUUGCGCCAUGGCUGGACAUGUGGGAUAUGGAUCAGACAUUUGGGCUUGUCGUUCCGCAUCUUGCAACGAGAUCCGACAUGUUAUUCGACGCACUCUUGAACCUAUGUGCUGUCUCCUACGCAAACAAUCCCCAUGAUCAGGGAUCUCAUCACAGCCAUCCAACAAACGGAGAUCCCGUCACAUACCCAAUCCAGCAUGGUCUUGAGCAUUCAAAGACAUGGGAAGCUAAGCUUUGGUCGAUUCUUACAGCCACAAAGGAUUUUCUCAUUAAGCCUCCUCAAUCGUGGGAUGCCGCACUGGCGAAUAAUGCAUCUCUACAUAUGAUCUAUUCCCAGAUGGCGGAGAGCGGCCCGCUUCGAGGGGUGGACGAGCGUAUGCUAUGGUUGCUUGCGAGAUUAGGUGAGUGA